GCCGAGCCGGCUGCCUCGCUUUGCGUGACCGCGGCAGGUUGGUCCUGGAGCAGAUGAGCGCAGAAUAUUUAGGCGAAAGCGAGAGGAGGGGGGGAGCGCGGGGCAGGAGGAGUACCUCGGCCAAGAAAAUUAUGCAUGCGUUAGGGAAGCUCUGAAAGAAUGGCUGUAGAAGCUCUCCACUGCGGUUUGAAUCCACAGGGUAUUGAUCACCCUGCCCGGGCUGAAGGUAUUAAAUUGCAGAUUGAAGGUGAAGGUGUGGAAUCUCAAUCCAUUAAAAACAAAAAUUUCCAGAAGGUGCCUGACCCUAAAGGAACCCCCAAGCGACUGCAGGCAGAAGCUGAGACGGCGAAGUCAGCUACGGUGAAGCUGUCUAAACCAGUGGCUCUGUGGACCCAGCAGGAUGUCUGCAAGUGGUUGAAGAAACAUUGUCCGAAUCAGUAUCAGAUCUACAGUGAGUCAUUCAAACAGCAUGACAUAACUGGGCGAGCCCUGCUGAGACUUACUGACAAAAAGCUGGAGCGAAUGGGGAUUGCCCAGGAGAACCUCCGGCAGCACAUCUUACAACAGGUGCUCCAGCUGAAGGUGCGGGAAGAAGUCAGAAAUCUGCAGUUGCUCACACAAGAAAUGACACACUUGGGAUCAUGAUACAGAAAGCUGAAGAAGCUCGGUGUUAGCUUCUACCCAGAGAGUGGCAGGACUCCAUGUAGGAGGUGGAUGAGAAGGAUCUUCAAUAAAGUUGGAGCCCCAGAACACAGCAGACUUGCCACUGAGCAUUUGGCAACUUAUUUUGUCACACAAAAGUCUCAAGUGUGCACAGGGAGGGGGUGGCUCUAUUGGAAAUCAGAAGCUCAAAGAACAAGCUUCUGGGAAAUGCUGUCUCUUAGAUCUUAGGGUCUCUCCCAUCAGAAAAAGAAACAUGAGCAAGAGAAAGAGGGGCUCAGAGCUGGAAUGAAUCAGCUCAGAGAAGCCUCCAUGCAAUAACUACCUGUCCAGUACCUUGUAUUUUUCAGACACUGUGCUAACGCUGGAAGGCAAAUACCACACAUUCCCUGCCAGCAAGAAUCCUGUGUUUUCCUCCGUGAGACAGACAUUUCCUCGGGGAGACAGAUUCCUAAGCAGUCACGAUAACAUGUGAGAUGAAUAUGAGGACACUAUAAAGGGCCCCUAACUUCUCCUGGAAAGGGGAAGGUCCGGAGGUCAGGGAGCGGGGGAUUCUGGAGCAGAGACUGAACAAGAGAAAGCAUCCCAGGCAUGAAAGCAAGAUUCAAGAAGUGACUUGCUUGGUAUGGUUGGGGUUUGAGGUUUGUGAUGGGAGCAAUUAUGAGAGCGGAGACUGAAGGAGAGAUAACAGUGUGUGUGGCUACUGUAUUGGAAUGUCAACAGUAAACCUGCCGAGCACUGCAGGGGCUGAUUCCGUGGUGGAGCAUCCAGUCUCCUGCAGCUGGAAAACCCAGGUCCCGCACCUACUGCACAAGUUCCCAGGAAUCAGCCCAGGCCUCCUUCCCAUCCCUGCAAUGCUUAUGCUGAGAAAAGCAGGGACAAGCACAAUUGUAACUUGUACCAAGUAAUUAGUGUUGUGACUAAAUAAACGAACGACACCUGCACAUCCUGUUUUGCAAAAUGAGUCAAAUUAGUGAAACAAGUUGAAUAAUCACAGCCAAUGCCAAUCUCAGCCAUCGCAGCUACGCUGGUCAUUUCUAGUUUUAAUGAGAGUGGCUUGGUGAUCAGUGUUCAUUGAGAUGAAUGAAGAAGAAUUUGAAGUUUAUGUUUUAUUUUCAGUUAUAUAUAUAAUAUAUAAUCAUUGUCAUAAAAUAAAACAUUUAGUUUUGCAAAAAUAACCUAAAGUUACUCUAAAUCUACCAUACAAAAAUGACUGUCAACAUUUUGAUGUAUAUACUUUCAGGCUUUCAUAAAUACAUAUAUUUACAAAAACUGGUUAUUAUCUUAUUUCUUCUGUUAGUUUACAUUUGACUUUUUAGUGUUUUUUUUUUCCUCCUUUGUUCCCUCUAUUUUUUUUUUUUUGAAGAGGGAGCUCGUUUUGUCAUAUGAUCUGAGUUUUUCUUUGAUUCCUUCUCCCCUCCUGAGGAAUUUGGAAGGCACAGUACCUGUUAUAAGUUUCUCUGAUAGUUACUAGCAAAUUUUUAAAUAAUGAUGCAUGUUUCACAUCUAUGUUCUAAACUUAUGUUUCUCAAAUUAUUAAGAACAAUCCAUUGAUUCACCCUAUGUACAAAUAAGAACAGACCAUACUUUCUCUCCAGCAUCCCACACGCCACCCCAACCUCCCAGUUUUUGUUAGAUUUUUGUCUAGUCUGUAAUAAUUGAAUUGUUGAUUCUCAUAUAUUCAGACCUCUUGUUUCAAGAACUUUAUUAAUACAUUUUCCUUAAAAAGUAUUAUUUAAAAAUGUUUGCUUUCCCCAGUUUCCAUACUCUGGGUUCAUCCCAGUUACCACAGAGAACACUAACAUUCUAGAGCCCUUUCCCAGGCUCAAAGUGUCUCCUUGCUGCCUUCACGUAUUACCGACAGCUUGGGCAGAUAAUAGAAUUUCUGAAUCAUAGAAUAGCCAUUCUCCCUAAACACCACGUAGACAAAUGUCAUUGCAUCUUUUAUUUUGUAGGACACCUGUUUCUUUUUCCAAGAUUUUGGGAAGUUAUCUUUUUGUCGACUUAAUAUUCUGUGGAUCUAAAUGUUUAUCCAUUUUCAUUAAGUCCACAGUUAAACCUUUUAAAGUAGAGAUACUUUUUCAUUUCAGGGAGAUUUUCUCCCACAUACAUUUUUGAAAUUGUUUCUGCUGCCUUGAUUCUGACUAUGUUGUCAUUUUCUCCCCUCGUGCUGGUGCUACAUACACUAUGCCCAGGUACCCGAUUCGUCACUUUUCUUUAAUCAUUUUCACUUGCCUUUUUUCUCCCUGUGAACUCUGGUGAUUGUCUCAAGUUUGUGUUUACCUUAAUAGUUUCUAAACAAGUUUGAUUUUCAGAAUCAUCUCGGGAAAUUUUUAUAAAUGCAGAUUUCUUAGCUUCACACCCAAGGCCUCCUGAAUCAAAAUCUCCAACAUAUGACCCUAGGAAUGUAUAUCUUAAGCAUCUCUCCUCACUGUCAUAUUUUUAAUGAUCGUGUAGAUUAUGGAGCCACUGUCUUACUGUACUAGGCUAAUCUGUUUAAUUCAGGGAUGAUUCUCCCUCUUACUGCUUUUCAUGCAGUUUUACAUUUGGCAACAGAAUUAUUUGCUUGCUUAUUCUUUUUAUAAGAUCCCUUUUUAUCUCAAUCUGUUGCCUCAUUACCCACCUUUCAGCAAGUUUGUGUUUUGAGUAAUUACCUUGAGGAUGCAUUAAACUUUUGUCUUUCUCUUGUGGUAAAUCUUUUCCAAAUAUAUGGUUCUCCAAUCUUUUGUAUGUUAUGUUUAUUUCCUUCUUUUGUGUUGAGAAACUUUUCUUAUUCCUCGUUGGGGACCUAAUAACUCACUCUUCAGUGGUACCUUAGGUGACUCCUUGCAUUCCCAGGCACUCUUAAGUACAUAGUAAGUUUUGUCAUUCAGCAGUCUGAGGAGCCUGGAGAGAAGCCAAGUGCAUGAGCAGAACUUUGCUUUUGCAUUUUUCUACGCAUCUGGGAACUCUUGCAUCAAGACCCAGCUCUACGUACCUUGUGUAUACUUCACUCUGCCCACUACUCUUUGUACCCACCAUAGUUACAUUUAGUAGCUCACAUAAAACAUCUAUCCAUGGGAAUUCAAUAGAAUUUACAUGAAUUGGGACAGUUUCCUGUCUAGUUCCAGAAUGUUUUUUUUUUCCUCACUCUCUCAUUAGGAAUGGCUACAUUAGUGACAAUUGAGUUAGAGAAAAAUCCCCAUUUUCACAUGAAUUCUGUGUGGUUGAGCCAUGUGUAUUUUCUCCCCGCAGGGCACAUUCCAAAUUGUUCCACAGAAGUGAAUCCUCCUUCCUCCUACGCACUUGCCCUUACCCCCAGAUCUCAGCCCUCAGCGUUAAGAAUCUCUCCCAUAGAUGUCAGAGUAAGUGCACAAAAAAGGCAAAUAAUAGCCCAAACUGUAAAUAAACCCAUCAUUCAUCUGCAGUUAUAGUUAAAUACAUGGUGCUAAAUGUGCACAAUGGGAUACAAACCCUAAUUAGCCACAUGCAUCAAUACUGACAAAUGUUAAAAACAAAGUUAAACAAAAGUCAAAUCAUGGAAAGCAGUCAGUGAUGAUCCCUUCACAUAAGUUUCAUAGACAGGUAAAGCUAAGCAGCAGAUUGUUUACACUAGAAAGAUAUACAUAGGUGGUAGAGGUGUCUUUUUUUAGGAAGUGAGUGAUGAACACAUGUAUAGCACAGUGGUUAGCACAGGUGGAGAGUGGAGGAUGGGAACAGGGAGAGGCACUCCAGACCUUAGAAGGUACCGCUAAUAUUCUGCUUCUGAUGCUGAUGCAUAAGUAUUUGUUUUAUUCUUUUUCAUAGGAAUACUAAUUUUAAAAAUUGUAUUAUUGACUGUACACUUAAAGUUAAUUUAAUUUUAAUUCUAAUGAUUUUAAUCACAAUACAUUUAAUAACUCUUUCAUAUGUAUAAUACAUUAUAAUAAAGUAUUGCACAUGGCACUGUUAGGCAACCUAGUUCAGCAAUGAGAAGCUUUUCCUUAUUCCUGCUUCACUUUGGAUUUCUGAAAGGAGGAAAGUGGGAAGCUUGCUUUCACAUGAGAUAUACCCUCAGAAAUACAAAAAUGGAUGACUAGAGUUCACACAGGGUGACGUUACUAGUAGCAUAACAAUGAACAAAGCAGAGCAUUGUCUCAAGCAGCACCGUGUGUAUACACUAUCCUCAGAGGUAGGGUUCAUGCCAUCAUGCUUAGAGGUGAGAACAGUGAGGCUCAGUGUUAUGAAGUGAUUUGCCACUCUGCUGUCGAGGGAAGAGCUAAAUUCAAACACAGUCCAAAAUCCACCCACUGUGCACUUCAUCACACUGCCUGAGGCUUCAAGUCUAUGGUCAAUUAAAGUUGAAAGAUAUUAUCUUUCAGUCAUUCAACAAAUAUUUAUUGAGCACCUCCUAUGUGCUAGGCCAGGUGCUAAGGAUACAACAAUGAACAAAACAUACCUUUAACUGCUGUUACGGCAUUUAGAAUAUAUAAUGGAACAUAGGAACUAAAGAAAGAAUUACACAAAUCAUUAUUCAGUGACAGUUGUGGAGAAUUUGAUGUAUAAUCGUACAUAAGGGGAGAACCUAGACUACAGGCUCACAGAAAGGAUUUCCCAAGGAAGUGGCUAAUAAUCUGGAUCACCAUUGAAAAACAAGACAAGCAGAGAAGCAGGGAAAACAGUGGUAUAAUAGAGGGUACAGCCUGUAGGAAGAGCCAGAGACUGGCAAGAACUUGAGAAGAAAUUAGCAGAACGGCAUAGAAAGAAAGGCCCAAGAUGGGAAGAAGCACAAUUUGCAAGACUUCAUAAAACCAUGACCAUGAUGUUGGUUUUAUCCUAAAAGUAAAGGCAAAUCUCUAAGGGGUUUAAAGAAGAGAAGUGUAUGGUCAUUUCUAUUGCUUUGUGUACUCGAGAAUGUGAAAAGAACAGACUGUGUUAUUCCUGAGCCAAAAAAAAAAAAAAUCAGGAGUGAUUAAUAUAUACUAUUUAUCUGUUAUGUUAUAAUAGAUUUGCUCAUAAAUAUAUAAUAUCUAUAAUAAGACUCUUUAAAUGGAUGGAAAUAUGUCAUGCUCAGUCUACAUACUGAAGAUUGAAAAUAGUAAUAGAUCUGGCAAACCUUGAAAGACAUCCCUGGCCUUCAUGACUUUUCAAGUUGAAGACGCGUCUUCUGCAUAGGAGAUGUCAGAACCUUGGUGUGAGCUCUGUCAGUCCUGUCUCAGCCCAUCCUUGGCAGUGAGACUUGCUGCCCUCUUGCCAAUAAAAAGGUUGGGGCUGCAAACCCUGAAGAUGACUUAAGUUUUUCCAGGGGCCAAAGAAAUGUAUCAUAUGGAAAAAUGGAUGGGCCUUUAUUUGAAAUUGAAAUAUUGUUAUAGAUCCCCAUUCAGUGAACAUAAAGGACCCACUUCAUAGUACUUUCCUAGUAUCAAAGAAUUAACAGAUAAAACUUCACUUGAAUUCCUGCCAUCUUUUCCCCUUUCCUCUGUCAUUUGUCUAUUCUUUUUCCAUGCACUAGGAGACUACUAAUUAUUCUCCAGAAUAAUCCCACCUGUAGUAACUAAUGGUUUCACUUGCGCGUGUGUAUGGGGUGUCUCUGGUGUGGGGGUGCUAUGUCGUAUGCUUUGGGUAUGGAUGACAAAGAUGAAGGAGUCGGGUUUUCUGCCCUUAGCAGGCCUCCAGCCUUAGAAGAGGAGAUCAGAGGAUCACAAAACACUGUGAUGAUGUGCUAUAGAAAUGGUGAACACACUCUGGAUUUUCAGAAGCAAGGAAGAAACCAGGAACACUUCCAAUUGCUUCAAUCUCUGUUAGUGGGAAUUAUUUUUUUCACCAGGUCAUUUAAAACAAAACACUGCAACCCCAUGCUCCAGGAAAAUCAAACAAAUUAGAAUUCUGUGCAGUCCAUUCUUAUAUUCCCUGCAUAACUCCCUUCACCGAGUCAAUCGUUUUAAACAAAGCUCUGAACUAGCAGUGCAUCUAUGGGGGAUCAUUUGUGCACAUUUGCAGGCCACUGCAUGGUCACUUUUAGAAGGGACCAAAAUAGCUAUUUUCUCAUUGUUUUCAUCUUUGAUUUGCUUCACUAUGAAUAUAAUGUAAAGCUGGCUAUGUUAAGCUAAUUAUACCUAAGCUUUUAUUUGCUGCUGCUAAGUAGAAUCGUGCAGAAAGCAUCCCCCCAACUCAAAAGAAUGGAACAUUUUAACCACAACAAUCAUUUUUACAUUAGAGGAAGCACCUUGCUGUCCUUUAUGGAGAGUGACUUAUUAGGCCUUUUUGUACCCGAUUGCCAUGAAGUAUCUGACUAGCCAGGGAAACAUAUGUGGGCUCCACAGUAUUAAACUGUUUGAAUACUCAGAAUAAGCCCCCCAGUUACCAUAAAGAAACAGCUCCUUAGUUGGGAAGGUCUAGGGUGGGGUGGAGGGAGGGGGUUGGUGAUCUCCACUAAAUACUAAUUUUCAUAUUUAUAAACUUUUAAAUUUCACACGAAUAUAACUCUUCUAAGUAGACCAAAAUGGUUCUCUUUCCCUCUUCCUUGGUAUUUGUCAUUCUCCUAGAAAUCUGAAGCAACGCAAGUCCCUCCCCUCAGUCAUCGGAGCAGAAGUAGAGUAUGAUCUGCAAUAUGCUUUGGGUAUAAAAAUAGACAAUCUUCCCCAAGCCACCCCCCACGUUGGGACUCUGAGUUUUGGCCUAUUUCACUGCUUACCCCUAAAGUCAUGGUAAAUUUAUGCAUAUCCAGGGCCUGGGAUGAUUGCUCUCAAGUUCUUUAUGAGAAAAUUCAGUUGUCAUUUGCAUUUUAGAUCCCUGCAAUGGAUUGAUAGGCUUUAGAGAGUUAAUCCAUCCUCUAGCUAUAAUUCAUAAAUAUAUACAUAUAUCCAUCCAAUUUGACAGUAGAGCGGGAUGCCGUUAUGGAGAAAUUGAAGCACCAGGUGUGAUUAAAUAAGAUCACACGUUUCAUUCUCUCUUUAAUUUCACAUCACUCCACAGCAGCUGAAUCCACGCACUCCCCACGUGGAGUCAGCCGGCACCAUGCAUUUUUAGUGUGCCCAGCAGAGCGCUGGCAAAAUGUUUCCAAAGUAAGCCACCCUGCUGAGCUCUUGUGAGUCGAAGCUGGUUUUUGCCUCCAAAUUAUUCAAUAUUGCUAGAACUGGUUUAUUAAUCCAUGCAUCUCCCUUGAGAGUAAGGUUUCUGAUACUUUUACAUUAUUGAUAUUCAAUUUCAGCUAAACGUAGUUUCAAAAAUAGGACUAAAAUCAAGGAUAAAGAAAGAAUGAGGUUACCAGGGGUCUGAGGGUGGGGAAAUGGGGGCAUGAUGGUCAGAAGGUAGAAGUUUUCAGUCACAAGAUGAAUAAGAUCUGGAGACUGAAUGUACAGCAUCAUGACUGUACUGAAUAGUACUGUAUUGCGUACUUGAAAUUUGCUGACAGAUCUUCACUAUGUGCGGUGAUGGAUAUGCUAAUUUGUUUGAUUGUGGCAAGCAUUUUACAAUAUAUACAUAUAUCAAAACAUCCUAUUGUAUGCCUUAAAUAUAUAUGUGAUCCUUAUUUGUCAAUUAUACCACAGUAAAGCUGGGGGGGGGGAAACAAUUAGGAAAAGUUCACAGCCUUCCUUCUCACCCCUCUCCUUGUUUCUUUAGCCACCCUAACUCUGCUUCUAAGACUAGGAAUUAGAAAUGGCAUUAAUAUCAUUCAUUUCCUUUGUAAGCAUGUCCCAAGAGUAUACAUGUAUAGCAUUCUUGAUGCUAUUAAAAAGUGAAAUUGGGGUAAGGAGGCAAAAUUCUCAGAUAGAGUUCAAUGUGCCUCACCCCUGCCAUUUAACAGCAGGCAGCUUGGACUGGCAAGAAUAAAGCAGCGUCCCUGUGCUGAGACGCUGUGGUCACGUGGCAUACCCAGCAGAGCCGUGAGUACCAUGAUCGAUGCAGUGGCGAGAGAGGAGUAGUUGUCCCUUCCCAGCUGCGAGUCCUCUUCCUUUGCAGCCAGAGGCCAAUCACUAUAACCAGUCAUGAGUCAACCACAUAACAUGGUGUAGGUUAAUUCAUUCCACAAAUACGGGUUGAAUGCCUGGGUGCCAGGUACUAGCCUAGGUGGUACUGAACAAACACGCUCUGGUGAAGCUCAUCCAUUCCUAUGAUCUCACCCUGCUCAUUGCUCCAUUCUCAUCUGCUCACCCCCCAGUGGACUGUUAACAACCAGGCAGGUAGAAUGACUUACAGUCCCAAGAACACCAUGUUCUUUCUUCUGUUUACUCCGGCCCAUGUAGCUGGGGGAUCUCCCUACCACCGCUUUUUGCCUGACCAACAGCAAGCCAAAUAUCAGGUCUCACCUUCCUCCAGGGGCCUCCCCUGGCCUCACCACUACUCUGAGCUCACAGCAAUAUCUUCUUGUUUUUCAUCCCUGCUACCCUGCUAUAACAUUUCCCAGGAUAGAGAUGAUGUCUUAGUCAUUAUACUCCACAUUCUGCUUGAAGUGUAGCAGGCACUCAAAAAAUUUUUUCUUGAGGCUGAGCAUGGUGGCUUAUGACUGUAAUCCCAGCAUUC